GUUUGUCCAAGAGCCAGUGCGAUGGCGCGCUCAGGCGCUUUUGGUGCUUCUUUCUGUAGAGCGUGAAUGUUAGCAUCUGGUCAAGCAAUUGAAUUCGAUGCGGAUUUCGAGAUUGGUGGAUCCGCCAUAAUUGAUGGGCUUCGAGCAGUUUCCAGGAAUAUGGCUUCAGGUAUUGAUUGGUAUAUACUUACGGUCCUCUACCCAUGAUUGCGACUCGGUGUGAUGGAGUUACAAAAGGUUGUCGAUGUCGUGGUUGAGCAGCAAAAAGUUCAGAUCAGAUUCACGAAAUGUCUGUGGGAGAAUUUGACGCUAGUGCCCUAAGCGAUUUGAGUGCGAAGAAAGCUCAAGUAGGGGUCAGUGCGUGAGAAUUCACGUGAUGUCCAUCUUAUCGUUAUCGGCAGGUGGGAUGGAAACUUUUUCUGGUUACCCCUCCGAUUCGGCCCAUAGCUCCUCCCAGUUGCUCUGACGCAUAGAAACCUUGAGGAUUCCAGGUUUACUCGGGCACUGAACACCAAGUUAACAUUUAAAAGCUAUUUAAAGAAGCUAAAGUGUGUAUUUUCUUAUAUAUACAAGCAAUCUAAGCUAUCUAUCACACCCACUACUAAAAUGGCCGACCCUGUCCUUACAUCAUCCUCAAUUGAGGGGCUACCAAAAAUCGCCGAGGGAAAGGUCAGAGAUCUCUACGAAGUUGACGAGAAGACUCUUCUCUUUGUGGCUUCUGACCGCAUCUCUGCUUAUGAUGUGAUCAUGAAGAAUGGAGUCCCAUCCAAGGGCGCACUCCUCACCCUCCUUUCCAGCCACUGGUUCUCUGUCCUCCCCACGUUGGUCCCAGGUCUCCGCACGCACUUCGUCACUCUAGAUCUGCCACCUUCUGUCCCAGAGUCUCAGCGAGCUGCUCUCCGCAACCGCUCAAUGCAAGUUCGCAAGUUUAAAAUCUUCCCAAUCGAGGCCAUUGUCAGAGGAUACAUCACUGGUUCUGCAUGGAAAGAAUACCAGAAAACUUCAACCGUGCACGGCAUCCCCAUCCCAGCUGGCCUGAAAGAGGCUGAGCCGUUCCCACAAGGAGCUAUUUACACCCCGUCCACCAAGGCCGAAGCUGGAGCGAACGACGAGAACAUCCACCCUUCAGAAGCGGCUAAGAUCGUAGGUGAGAAAUACGCCGCGAGGAUCGAAGAGCUUGCAUUAUCUCUAUACAAGGCUGCCCGCGACUACGCGUAUGAGAGGGGUAUCAUCAUUGCGGACACCAAGUUUGAAUUUGGAUUGGAUGAGGAGACGGAUGAGGUUGUAUUGGUCGAUGAGGUCCUGACACCUGACUCUUCAAGGUUCUGGCCCAAGGACAAGUACGAGGUUGGACGCGAUCAGGAGAGCUAUGAUAAGCAGUACCUCCGCAACUGGUUGACAGCGGAGGGGGUCAAGGGCAAACAAGGAGUAGCUAUGCCCCAGGAGAUUGUUGAUAACACGAAAGUAAAGUACGUGGAAGCUUACGAGUUGUUGACGGGAAAGAAGUGGGGCAGUGCAUAGUCAUAGCAUUUAUGGAGGAUAGUAUAUACG